ACCUUCCGGAUAGGAUUCCGACUUCCUUGUCAUCAAAGAAGAGUUUUAGUCAGAAAAUGGAAAACUUUCCUGGAUGAUUUACUGACAGCUUGUUUGUUGCUCAGAUAUGGGUCAGUGUUUUAGCAAACCAAAUGAAAAGAAGAGCCCGCCUCCUGCGACUGAAUUGAAUGGACCUGGGGUUGUUUCUCCAUCAAAUAUCAAUGUCAGUAUCAAUAACCCAGAGAGGCCACUCCCCCCACCCCCAGCCAAAUCAGAAAACUCCUUGAUUGUCAGGGCCUUGUAUGAUUUUGAUGCCAUUAACGAAGAUGACUUGUCUUUCAAAAAGGGAGAUCGCAUGGAGGUGGAGGAGUCCAGUCAGAACUGUGAUUGGUGGAUGGCUCGUCACAUGGCAACAGGACAGACAGGAUACAUCCCCAGUAACUACAUAUCUAAAGACGAUGACACCCCACAAACUCAAGACUGGUGGUAUAAUGUGGACCGUAAGGAGUCUGACAAACAGUUAAUGUUGCCAGGCAACAAAGUGGGAACCUUCUUAGUCCGAGAGGCGGCCGAUAAAGCCUCUUAUGUGUUGUCUAUACGUGACCAUGACCCCAAAACGAACGAUGCAUGUGUAAAACACUACAGAAUUAGAAAGAUGGACAAUGGAGGAUUUUAUAUCAGUCCACGACGAACAUUCCCCAGCAUGAUCAAACUCAUAGAUCACUAUCAAAAUGUAGGAGAUGGUCUUUGUUGCCAGUUAACUGAACCAUGUCCAAAAGUAAGGCCAACUGUUCAGUUCCGUGAACUAGAAGUUGCGCGCGAGUCAGUCAAACUGAUGAAGAAGCUGGGUAGUGGAUGCUUCGGAGACGUUCACGCUGGUAAAUGGAGAAAUACAGUAGAUGUUGCUGUGAAGACUCUGAAGCCAGGUGCAAUGUCUGCAGAGGACUUCCUACAGGAAGCUAAGCUUAUGCACAAAUUACGCCAUCGUAAACUUGUACAGCUGUUGGCAGUGUGUACAACAACAGAACCAAUCCUUAUCAUUACGGAGCUGAUGGUCAAUGGAGCCCUGCUGGAUUAUCUUCGCAAGGACGAGGGGAGGUCACUCAAGUUUGUUGUGUUAGUGGACAUGGCAUCACAGAUUGCUGAUGGAAUGGCCUACUUGGAAAAUGAAAAUUUUGUCCAUCGAGAUUUACGAGCUGCCAACAUCCUAGUAGGAGAAAACAACGAUGUCAAGGUCGCAGACUUUGGUCUGGCUAGGUUAAUUCAGGAAGAUAUAUAUGAAGCACAUGAACACACAAAAUUCCCUAUCAAGUGGACAUCACCUGAGGCUGCUUUUGACCGUAAAUUCAGCAUCAAAUCUGAUGUUUGGUCAUUUGGUGUUCUACUAUAUGAAUUAAUCACUUUUGGAAGAGUUCCAUAUCCAGGUAUGAAUGGACACGAAGUGCUGAGUAAGGUGGAGAAGGGGUACAGAAUGCCUAAACCCACAGGGGGAACUGUUCCUUGUCCGGAUCCAUACUAUGACAUCAUGCUUCAGUGCUGGAAGAGAAACGCUGAUUCCAGACCAACAUUUGAAUAUUUACGAGACUUCUUUGACAACUAUUUUGUGAGCUCUGAAGGCCAGUAUUCUGGCGAACCGAUGGGUUGAUGAUAAAAACAAAUCGUGUGAUAGAUUCUCUCUCUGGAAAUUCCUAGUGAUUUCUAAUGCCUUUUGGAUUAUUACAUUAACUUUAUCUCGAAACAUUCCAGAAUUAUUGUUUUGUUUGAGGGUUUUCUUAUGUCUUCAGAGUAAGUAUUUUUCAAUUAUUUUUUCAAUCAGGAAACACAAAAAAGGCUCAAGUAAAGUUAGACAAGAUUCAUAAUCAGAACAUCAUUAUCAACUAUAUUUCAGAUUCUGUUGCAAUAUCAAACAUUUGUUAUAUCUACAAUACUGUGCUUGGACACAGAACUAUUUUUUUAUAUAUAUUUUGAUAUGAAAGUUUUGUACAUGCAGUUUCUGCAAACAAACUUGUCCAUUUUUUUGAGUGUUGAAAAUGUUGUACAGAAAUAGAUUGAUUAGACUAGCCAUGUUUGCACACUUUGAAUCAAUUUGUACAUAGUACAAGCAAGCCUGUAUGAAUUGCCACUUGUCAUUCCCUCAUAUAAUUAUUAACUUGUGCCUUAUUGCCUUUUUUAAAGUCCUAUAAAAAUAUGAGAUUUUUUUAAAUUCCUUCCUUCCUUUUACCCAAUUCCAUGUAAUAAUAAAUAAUAAAUAAAACAUAUUAUAAGCUUUAUUUUGAUUAUUGCAUUGUUUUCUCAAAUUGUAUCAAAAUGAUAAAGCAUUCUUCCAAAUUAAAUCGGUGAUAUUCAGUUUGCAUUAAUGAAAUGAAGUCAUUGCUUUUCCUGGGGGGAAAUUUUGGUUUUUUUUAACUCGUCAAUGAACAAAUUUCUACGCAGAAAUUGCUACCAAAUAAUAGUGCUUGAUCUCUUUGGGAGAAGUAAAACCUUACUGAUACCAGGAUAUACAUGUAUAUCACAUCAUUCCCAUUGUAAAAAUACUUCUGAAAAAUGACAAUCAAAAAGGCACAUUCCCUGUCUUCUGUCUAACACAUUCCACUAUCAGCUAAAUCAUGUCUGAAAUCUGGAUCAAUAUUUAGAAGUCUGAUUUGAUGUAUCCAAUCUUUCUUAUUUCAACUGAAUACAUUCCUUUUUCAGUAGCUUCUGGAAAAAAAUUUUAAUGGCAGAUGCUUGUGUUGUGAAUCAUAUUCAAAUUAUUUUGUACAGAUUUUUUAAUACAUAUUGCUACAUUAUUUUAAUAAACUAUAUGUAAACACUCUA